AUGUCUGCAAGACUAGUUGCUCGAUGCCGCAACCCAAUCGGCCGGUGCAAGGUCCCAACUGCAACCCCGACGAGAUGGCAAGCGGCACUUGGCACCAAGAGAUUCGCCGACUUUGACCUGGCCGGCAAGGCAUUCGUUGUAACAGGCGGUGCUCGAGGCCUGGGAUUGGCCAUGGCAGAAGCCCUUGUCGAGGCUGGUGGUAAAGUUUACUGCGUUGAUCGGCUACCAAAGCCCGACGAAGAAUAUGAGAGGGCCCUGCAGCGCGUCGUCCCUGAAUGGGGAGGUUCAUUAGAGUAUCGACAGCUGGAUGUAAACGACACGGCAGCACUCAACAAGAUGAUGGAGGAUAUUGCCGCGGAGAACAAGGGCAUCCAGGGCGUCAUUGCGGCUGCCGGCAUCCAGCAACUCACUCCCGCGAUCGACUACAAGCCGGAAGACGUAAACAAAAUGCUGCAGACCAACUACACGGCCGUAUUUAUGACGGCGCAAGCAGCGGCCAGACAGAUGUUCAAGUACAAGACCCGCGGAAGCAUCUGCUUUGUCGCCAGCAUGUCUGGUAGCAUCGCAAACAAGGGUCUGCUCUCUGCAGCCUACAACUCGUCAAAGGCGGCGGUGAUUCAGCUAUCCCGGAACCUGGCCAUGGAGUGGAGCUCGGUCAAGGAGAACGGGGAGGGCGGCAUCCGCGUCAACUCCCUGAGCCCGGGACACAUCGUCACGCCCAUGGUUCUCAAGAAUUUUGAGGAGGUGCCGGGCUUGAGAGAAACGUGGAGCCAGGCCAACAUGAUGGGACGAUUGGCCGAGACGAGCGAGUUCAAGGGGGCGGCACUGUUCCUGAUGAGCAAUGCCAGCACAUUCAUGACGGGAAGCAACUUGAUUAUCGACGGUGGACACACGGCGUGGUAG